GGGAGAGACCUUAAUUGAAGGGGGAAGGAGAGAGUGGUGACCAGGUCUCAGAGUUGUGGUUUCGUUUUGCAUUGCACGUUUCUUCUCCUUCGCUCCUCACUUUCUUCUUCUUCCUCCGCUUCUCUCUCUCUUUCUCUCCCUCUCAAGUCUCUCUUACGUUCUUCUCUCUCUCUCUCUCUCCCUUCAUAACGUCGCGCCUUUCGCCAUUUCAACCAUUCACACAACUCUUCUUCUUCCUCCCUUUCUCUCUCUCUCAAUCCGUUUUCUCUGCAUAAUUCUCAGCAAUGAGCUUCAUGACUGCUGGCUACUGAAUCUUGAAUUUGUGUCUCAAUAUUCGAAAAAGUAAAGACUUUGAGGUAAUUUAAGUUCAGAUUCUUCUGAAUCUCCAAUGCUAAGUUUCUCUAGAGCUAGAAGUCAAGGAAGAAACACAAGACCUCUGGGAGGGAUGGAAUACUUAGAACCCAAAAGGAAGAGCAAUGUCUUGGGCAGGAUUAUCUUGGUAGUUUCUCUUACAGCUUUUUGCAUUAUUUUGCUCAAGCAUGCACCGAGUUUCACGUCUCCAACCGCGUUCUCUCGCACCGAGGAAGGCGUGACUCAUGUGUUAGUCACUGGUGGUGCUGGAUAUAUCGGAUCACAUGCUGCGUUGAGGCUGCUAAAGGAAUCAUACCGUGUCACCAUUGUGGACAAUCUUUCUCGCGGGAAUCUUGGCGCUGUCAAGGUUUUACAGGGAUUGUUCCCAGAAGCUGGGAGGCUUCAAUUCAUUUAUGCCGACUUAGGAGAUGCCAAAGCUGUCGAUAAAAUCUUCUCAGAGAAUGCGUUUGAUGCUGUUAUGCAUUUUGCGGCAGUAGCAUAUGUUGGAGAGAGCACUCAAGAUCCUCUAAAGUAUUACCACAAUAUUACAUCAAACACAUUAGUAGUUCUUGAAGCUGUGGCUAGACAUAAAGUGAAGAAGUUGAUAUAUUCAAGCACAUGUGCCACUUAUGGAGAACCUGACAAGAUGCCUAUUGUUGAAGUUACUCCACAGGUCCCAAUUAACCCUUAUGGAAAAGCUAAGAAGAUGGCUGAAGACAUGAUCCUGGAUUUCUCUAAAAACUCUGACAUGGCAGUCAUGAUCCUAAGAUACUUUAACGUGAUCGGUUCAGACCCAGAAGGUAGACUAGGAGAAGCUCCAAAACCUGAGCUACGCGAACACGGGCGGAUUUCAGGUGCUUGUUUCGAUGCAGCUCGUGGCGUGAUUCCAGGCCUGCAGGUGAAAGGAACAGACUACAAAACAGGAGAUGGAACCUGUGUUCGUGACUACAUAGAUGUUACUGACCUUGUAGAUGCUCACGUUAAGGCUCUCCAGAAAGCUAAGCCUAGAAAUGUCGGAAUCUACAAUGUAGGUACUGGAAAAGGAAGAUCUGUGAAGGAGUUUGUGGAAGCUUGCAAAAAAGCAACAGGAGUAGAUAUCAAAGUAGAUUUCUUGCCUCGAAGACCUGGAGAUUACGCAGAGGUUUACAGUGAUCCGGCAAAGAUUCUGAGAGAUCUGAAUUGGUCUGCUCGUUACACUAAUCUUCAAGAAAGUCUCGAGGUUGCUUGGAAGUGGCAAAAGACUCAUCCCCAUGGAUAUGCUUCUUCUUAAAGACCCAAGAAAAAAAAGAGUUUUAACUUAAAACUUUUUGCAUAAUUGUUUUUGAGAGAUUAGCUUAUAGAAAGGAAUUGAUUUGUUACAGAAUUACAGUUCAAUAAGUAUUAUUAUGGUAUAAUUUGAUACAAAUUUAUGUAAGAAUUAACCAGUGACUUUAUAUAUAAAGAGAGACAGAAUUCACAACUCAA